AUUCUGGAUGCUGUAAUGCUGUAACGGAUUCAUUAAAAUUUCUAGAAACAGGAAUAUUGACAACUUGGUGGAACUCAUCCGCCAUGAUUCGUGCAGCCUUAUUCAUUAUUAAAAGCAAUCGUAUAUACAAUAAUCACGCUAUUAAUUGUUGAUGGUUGUCUCUCACAAGUCUAUGUUUCCAGAUUCUCAUAACAGGUAAAGUUGAAGUUGCAUAGUUAAUUGUAUUUGCUGUCACAAUUUUUCAACAAAUUUUUUCUUCUGAAUUUUUAUCCCAGUUCUUUUUUUUUAAAAAAAAAAAAUUGAGAGGAAAGAAUUAAGGGUUAUCCGGUAAGAGUUAUGUGGAAUCAAAGUCAGCCAUUACAACCGAACUGGGGUUGGCCACCUAAUCCAAAUUAUCAGUUUAAUAGUAGUCAAGAUGAAAGUCAAAGUUGGGCGGCUGCUGCUGCUCUUUGGGUUCAACAUAAGCAAUUUCAACCAAACAAUAAUGAAGGUUAUGCAGUAUUGGAUAAACCACCUGAACCUCCUGGUCCUCCUCCUUUACCACCACCUUUACCUCCACCAGAAGAAAUUCCAAUAUCUGUAGUUGACUAUAAUCAUGGUCAAACAAUUCUUGAGAAUAAAUCAGAUUUGUUUCAAAAUGAUUUAAAUAAUAAAGAAACUUUAAGUUCUCAGGUUAUGCCAGGUGAUGUUUUUGAUUAUAACCAUGGUAAACCAGAAGAAAGUGGGCCAGACCAAAAUUGGGGUUAUAAUAUGUGGGCAGGACAACAACCUGCACAACCUGUUCCUGGAUUUUAUAACUCUGAUUGGAAUCAAGGACAAUGGAAUGGAGAUCAUUGGGAAAAUUGGAACGAUAGUUCAGCUGGUUUUCACCCACAUCCAGAAUGUUUUGAUCAAAAUAGUUUUCACCCUCCAGUUUUCCAAGAUGUUAUAAAGCCUAAAGAUAUUAUUUUCAAUGGCCGUCCAGAAAUUAACUCUCCAGACCCUGUUGAGUUAGCUAAAAAAGGAAAAUCUCUUCCAUUGUGGCUUCGUCAAGGUUUGGAGAAACUAGGUAAAGAAAAAGAAAAACAAAAAGUCAAGGAGGAUCUCCCUAUUGCCAAAAAAAUAUCUGGUUAUCAGCAUGGAUCUCCACAUUCAUCACCAGAGAGAGAAAAACAGAUUGAACCUGAAAAAGCUGAAGUAACUCAAAUUAUGGAUCAGGAAGAGAGUGUUUCUUUAGUAUCUCAAGAGGUUGAAACCAGUCCAAAUCACAAAGUUGAAGAAGAAUUGGAUGAAGAAGAAAAGCAAAAACAGAGAAUGUUGAAAAUAAAAACGUGGAUGACAGAAACACUUUUAGGGGUUACAAAUGACGAAAUACAAUCCCUCUGCAAUGAGGUCUAUUUUGAAAUUAAAAAAUCAGUUAAAGUUAAAGCAACACAAUUGAGACAAUCAGGUGGGCUUGAGGCUUUACGUUCUGCUGCAUUGGGAGAUGGAGAUGCAUCGGCUAGUGACAGUGAAGAGGAAUUGUCUUCUGCAAAGGAAAUAAAGCCGGUUGAGACGAUUAAAGCUCCUGAAGUUAAUCGAAUAUCUCCUGUACCUAUUAAAACUCCUGACGUGCCAUCAAAAGCAGUUUGCUCUGACAGGAGAGAAGAAAAAUUGCAGGCUGAAAUAAAGAGUUUGGAUAUAUUAAUUCAAGCUAGAAAACAGCAAAAAAUUAACGCGGAAAAGAACCUUGAAUUAAAACGACAUAAAGACACUGUUAUGUCAAAAAAAAGUCGAAACGAACAACAAACUUCAGACAGUGACGAAUCAACAAGUAAUUUACGUAAAAAACGAAAACAAUCUUCAAGUAGUUCUUCUGAGAGCGAAAGCGAAGAAAGUGAUAGUUCGGACAGUGAAACAGUUACUAAAAAAAGAAAAAAAUCUAAACAUCGCCAACAAUCCCCAAGUAGACAUAAAAAAAGCAAAAAAAAACCCAAGCGACUCGAAAGUUCCAGUGAAUCGGAUCAUAAAAAAAAAAAACGAAAAAGAAAAGAACUUACUUCAUCUUCUGAUGAAAGUUCCCAUUCGCUGCGUAAAAAAAAGUCAAAGGGUAAGAAGCAUAAACACAAAUCAAGAAGUCAUUCUAGGUCCCCUAAACAUUCAAAACAGAGAAGGUAGCAAAAGAUAGCGAUAUUUUCAGAAUUUAAUGUUCGGAAGUCUUUUGGGAAGAUCAGUACGAAAUCAAUUGAAAAGUUUAUCGGAAUCGAUUCUUUUGAAGUGUUAUCACGUUUAUCGUGUCGCGCUUAUGUUUUUUUUAAUAGUAUUUUAAAGCUAUAGAUAAUUAAAAAGCUUUGAAAUGGUAUUGUAAAUUAUUUUAAAAUUGUAAUAAAAAAUCGAACUACUACUCCAACAUCCUUGCGAGGGAUUAA